CCCCGCGCAACCGCUGCCGGAAGUGGGCUUGGCAUCCUCAGGAGCGGUGCGUCGGUGCCUGAGUCUCGCGGGUUGGCCUCGGCCGCGCAGGGUGGCAGGAGCCCGGGGGGCGGGGCGGCCCGGCUACCGCCAUGGCUGGGAGCCAGGACAUGUUCGAUGCCAUCGUGAUGGCGGAUGAGAGGUUUCAUGGGGAAGGGUAUCAGGAAGGCUACGAAGAAGGCAGUAGUUUGGGUGUAAUUGAAGGAAGACAAUAUGGCACAUUACAUGGAGCUAAAAUUGGAUCUGAGAUCGGGUGCUAUCAAGGUUUUGCUAUUGCAUGGAAAUGUCUCUUGCACAGUUGUGCUACUGAGAAAGACAGCAGAAAGAUGAAAGUCUUAGAAUCAUUGAUUGGAAUGAUUCAGAAAUUCCCUUAUGAUGACCCUACUUAUGAUAAACUCCAUGAAGACUUAGACAAAAUUAGAGGAAAAUUUAAACAGCUUUGUUCAUUACUCAACGUUCAGCCGGACUUUAAAAUUAGUGCGGAAGGUUCUGGACUUUCAUUUUGAGGAUGACAGAUGAACAAAGACGAAACAUCAAGGAACAGAUGUCCGUAUGUUAAGUGUUUAAAAAUGUGAUUAAAGGCCAAACAAUGAUGGAGUAUUCAUUGUUCCGCAGGGAGGGCUCCGGUUUGGCCAGUGAAAGGGCUUCUUUCCCCCUGAGGUUUUCUGCCUGUGUUGCCCGGUGCCCCCACGGGGCCUCUGCACACACGCCUGCCCUUUGUCGGGCCCUGUCUGCUCUGGUCUGCAGGGGUCCCUGGCAGAGCCCUGGCGGGGCUGCUCACCGCUGUCCUCCCCAGCAGGGCAGGCCUGGCUGGUCCUCGACUGAGGUUGGCUCUGGAUAGAAUGACCCCCAAGUCUGGACUCAGAGGAACAGUUUUUGUUUCUUUAGUGAGAGGGACAGGCUGACACGAGCUGGGUUAAUGGCAAGUCACGGUGAGCACCUUGAUGCCCACUGAGCCGCGUUACGCACGAGGUGCUGCGCGAGGGCCUCCCAUGUGUAUCUAAUCCCUCAGUAGCCCACGAGCUAGGUCUCAUUCCCCUUUUGCAGAUGAGGACGCUGAGACCCGCAGGGAUUGCCUGGUCCAAGGUCACCCAGCAGCAGAGCGAGGACUUCUACCCAGACCACGUCUGUCAUCACCACAGUGCAGUGUGCAGGCGGCACCUGCAGAGUUGGGGACCCUGCCCUCGACUCCAGGUCGCAGGUUCCUGCUGUGCCUCACGGAGCAUUGGCGAGCCCACUGUGGCCAGCUUGCCUGGGCACCUGGCUGGGAGGAGGAGAGGCCAGCCUGAUCCCGAAGGGGCCCGACACGCCCAUCACAGUGUCCCCAAAUGGGAGAUGAGCUGUGCAGCAUUGAAAGGUGCUUAAUGGGGAAAAUAUUUUGAACCAAAGACUAAAUGUCAGGCUGUCGUUAUUAUGCGGAAACUUCUGGAGCCUCGCAUUUGGGACACUGCAUCCUUCCUACCGAUGGGAGCUCUCUUGUCUUCUGACAGGACUUAAAGGGCAUCACGUAUAGGCAGCGAGGCACAGGCUAUCAGGGUGGUGUUCUGCGGGUCCCCCACCAGUUAAGUGGACACGUGGCGGCACGUGUUAAUACACCCGAGGGUGUCCCCAGGGUCACCACAGUCCCCACACGCUGCCUGCCCUCUGUUCCAGAGAGCACAUCUGAAAGCAGUGAGUGAGAUUAUUAAGGGGUCACCGUGAAUCCACUCGAGUUUUUAAAGUCAUUCCGGAAUGUCUCAAGAGUUCCAGUCAGGAGCCCCAUGUCAGCUGCAGUGGCAACAUGUUCCCGUCCGUGUGGCUGACCUUGGAAGCACGCUCAGGAAGGGAAAGGGCUUUUCAUUUCUGAGGGACAAGGCUUGGGCUUUUUCCUAAGCUGUGGUAAGCGCGUCCGGCUGUGCGCUCCUCGUUGGCAGCCUCGCCUUGGCCCGGGAGGCCUGCGUCAGAGCCGCCACCUUCCAGCGAAAGACACAGCCGUCUCUCCAGGUGGUGGGAUUACAGGGGCUUUUGCUGCGGUUUUCUUUGGUGGAUAUUUGUGUUUUCUGUGUUAUCCAUUUUGAUAAUGUAUUAUUUUUAUAAUUGGAGAAAAAAUAAAUAGCAUAUU